UUCUGUUCCAUGAAAUCGAAAGUACACUUCAAUAGCUACGUAUUCUGAAGUUUUCAAGAAAAUCUAUGGUGACGAUGGAUGGGUGGAUGGGUGGCAAGCUUUGAUGUGAUCACUUGUCACGAAGUCAUGUCCCCCACCAUAGCUACAUAAUAACAUCAAUCAAACACGUGCAGCCGCCGCAGUCUGCCGAGCCGACCUGCCGCAAUCCCACUUGUACAUUGGGAGGAUUCUUCCGUGCAUUACGGCAGAUUGCACAGGAGACACGACUUGCCCAGAAUCCAACCAGGGUAUGCAUCCAGACUCGCUGUUGGCUUCCUUUCGCAUACUGCAUAGAUCUCCACAUGCGCCAAUGGACGGUUAGGCAUGGUAGAGCAUGCCCCAACGUACAAGUGUCAUGUGUAAAGACCCGGUGACUUGAUGUGGGUGCUGGCGUAAUCUUUCACAAUUCCUGGCGCCUCGUAGAUCUUCGUACGGAAGACCGUUUUCGCCGAAUUGGGAUGAGCAAGUCAGCUUAGCGGCCAUCCUACCACUACAGCUCAGCUCUCGACCUCAACCGCUCGCCUGACUCGAACUUCGCAUAUUCGAUAUCAGGAAGAUUGGUUCUGAGAACGCGUCACCUCUGCUAGCGAGGCCGUUCUCGCUAUUUUGGCUGAUGAUUUUCUCCCUCGCUUGUGCUACCGGGCGGGGAAGAUCACGGACCUUCUUGAAGCGCGAGGCUAUAAAGCUGAGAGAAACUGGAAUGAGAGGCCUCAAGCAAUCACUUGCAACAUGCUCAGCUUUGCUCAACUCGUCGCGGCGGCUCUGCUCCUGUGCGCGUCGUGUGGCGAAGGCGCUUCCAGGCCCGGCAAUGCCAACUUCCGCCGCAAACCUAUCGUCCCGAUCCCGCCCGUUCACAACAUGGGACCGGUCGUGAGCCAGAACGGGACCGUUUUGCCACCGUACAGCACGACCUACACUUUCCAGCAGCUGAUCGAUCACAACAAUUCGUCUCUCGGGACGUUCAGCCAGCGCUACUGGCACACCUACGAGUUUUAUGAGCCAGGCGGGCCUAUCAUCUUCUUUACGCCUGGAGAAAUAAACGCGUCUCCUUAUCUUGGUUAUCUGACCAAUGGGACAAUCAAUGGUCAGAUCGCUCAGCAAGAGAACGGCGCGGCGAUUGUGUUGGAACAUCGAUUCUAUGGUUUGAGCAACCCGCUGCCGGAUUUGAGCGUCGCAAGUCUUCGUCUGCACACGAUUCAGCAAGCAAUCGAGGAUCUCAAAUACUUUGCCGAGAACGUGGUGCUGCCCAUGCCCAACGGAGGAAACCUCAAGCCCUCGACGACGCCUUGGAUUCUCGUUGGAGGGAGCUACUCUGGUGCCCUGACCAGCUAUACCAUGGUCAACAAACCCGGCCUCUUCGCUGCUGGCUACGGAUCGAGUGCUACAGUGCAGACGAUCUUCGACUUUUGGCAGUAUUUCGAGCCCUCGCGUCAGUACAUGGCACCCAAUUGCUCCGCGGAUAUUGUGGCUGCCAUUUCCCACAUCGACAAGGUAUUCACCGGCAGCAACACCACGGCUAUCCAGGCCAUCAAGAACACGUUCGGCAUGGGCGCAAUGACACACCUGGACGAUCUUGUUAGUGCGCUGCGCAACCACUUUUGGGAUUGGCAGGCCUUGUCGCUGCGUGGUGGCGCCGGCGGCCGGUUCUUUGAGUUCUGUGAUGCGCUGGAAGUGAAGAACGGAGUGAACGCUCCCGCAGCGGGUUGGGGUGCGAAACAUGCCCUUAAUGCGUGGGGUCAGUACUGGAACCAGACCUACUAUGCACUGAUCUGUGGUAACGCCACCGCUGUAGACUGUUUUGAUACCUAUAACCCGACGCAACCGUACUACACCGACAUCACGAUCGACAAUGCUGGUAGAUCAUGGCAAUGGAUUGUCUGCAAUGAAGUUGGCUUCUUCCAGGAUGCUUCGCCUAAAGGAACGCCUUCUAUGGUCUCGAGGCUGAUACAGCCCGCUUACGACCUGCGGCAAUGUCAGUUGAUGUUCCCCGAGGCGUUCCCCACUAUCCCCACAGCUCAAUCGGUAAAAACCGCGCAAACCAACAGCUUGUACGCUGGCUGGAACGUCUCCGUCUCGAAUCUUUUCCUCGCCAACGGGAAACGUGAUCCCUGGCGAUAUGCCACGCUUUCUGCGCCAGGUGUGACAAAGAAGAGCACAUCUGAGCUGACCAUUGCGAUUGGAGAAGGGUUCCACUGCGGGGAUCUCUCCACCGCCGAGGCUGCUGCCAACCCCAGUGUUCUCGCUGUCCAGAAGGCUGGUCUUGCCGCUAUCAAAGACUGGAUCGAGGAUUGGGAACCUGCCGAAACUGAUUGA